UGUCGGAGGUGAUACCGCCCUCCUCCUCCUCCUCCUCCUCCUCCUCCUCCUCCUGCUGAUCCUGCUGCCAAACCGACCGCCUCGCUUCCACCGUGAAACAGGAGCCGGUGACCGGGAGCCACCGGAGCGGGAUGUAUCGAUCUGUUUGGUUGUAGUGCUUCCUCUCCGGCGGGUCCUCCAUGCGUCAGCGCCGGGAAUGGAUCAGGAAUCCGGUGUGGCGUCUGCGGGGAGUUUCAUCUCCCUGAGCGAGCACGAGCAGAGGUAUUACUCAGGUCUCCACAGCCGGUGCCAGGCGGACUCCUCAGGGGCUCUGUCGUCCAGCAAAGUGGCGGAGCUGUUCAAGGCGUCUCAGCUGCCUCCUGAAGCCCUGCAUAAAGUGACUGAGGUGUGCGGAGCGAAGCGUCUGGGCUAUUUCGGUACUCCUCAGUUCUUUGUGGCCCUGAAGCUGCUCGCGGCCGCCCAGUCCGGUCUGCCCGUCCACCUGGAGAGCGUAACCACCAAUCUACCUCUGCCCAGAUUCGCUGGGCUGAAGAAUGAACCAGAGAUGCGAUACUCGGCCGUCCCUCCGAGCGUAGACGUUCAGGGAGCUCAGUGUGGGACUGCAGCUGUCCCCGUCUCCUGGACUCCAGCAGACAGGAGCACCUUCAGACACCUGGAGGCCAACAUGGAGAGGAAGGAACCUUGGUCUCCACCACGAUCACCGUGCACGUCACCACCUCGCUCCCCGCUGACCUACCGCAGCUACCCGUACGCCAAGCAGAGGAACGGGGCUGACUCGCAGAUCGCAUAUGAAAGCAAACAUUCCUCCCGGCCGGUCGUUCAGCUGGAGCAGCAUUCCUCGCCCAGUAACUACGGGACCAAAGCCGCUGUGGAGCAUCCUGCUAUGGCUCGGGCGUCCUCAUCAGAGCGGCUGGACCAGCAGGGAGGAGCAGACUACUCUGACGAUGACCCCUGGAGGAUCACGGAGGAGCAGCUGGAGUAUUACACCAAUCAGUUCAAGAGCCUGCAGCCUGACCUGGGGGCUCUCAUCCUGGGAACCAUUGCAAAGAACUUCUUCACAAAAUCCAAGCUCCCCAUACCUGAACUCUCCCACAUUUGGGAGCUAAGCGAUGUGGACAGAGACGGAGCUCUCACUUUCUCUGAGUUCUGCACAGCGUUUCACUUGAUCGUAGCGCGUAAGAACGGCUACCCGCUCCCAGAGAGCCUUCCCCCGACGCUGCGUCCAGGCUUCAUGCAGCAGGAAGAGGACAUACCGGACACUCCCGAGAGUGCAGAGCCUCUUAUUGUCUUUGAGGAUGCUGAAGUGAGGCCCGGUCACAUGGAUCGCAGCAUUAUAGAGAGGCUGCAGCCAAGCCUGACUGCAACAAAACAGGAGCUGAGAGAGGAAUCAUGUGAACAAGAAGCCGGUGUGAAGAGGGUGACAACGUCUCAAGAGAAACGGACUCUGCAACUUCCCGAGAGGCUAGAGCCGCCUCAUGACCUGGACCCACAAAUGAGGACCAAAACUAGACCCAGGUCGUACUCCAGCACUUCUAUUGAGGAGGCGAUGAAGAAAGCAGAGGAGCCGCCGACCCCUCCGCCUCGACCCCAGAAGACCCACUCCAGAGCCUCGUCGCUGGACCUCAACAAGCUCUUCCAGCAGGGCGCUCCAGGUGUAAAAAGUGGAUGGUUGCCUCCUCCUCCAGCCCUCCCUCCUAGACCGACAACUUCACAGGUUUCUCAUUUUAUCAGCGUCUCAGAGAAAACUCAGCAGAAUAAAGUGCAGCAGCCAAACUUUGCUGACUUCAGUCACUUCAGAGAAGAGGAGGAGAGUGGCGUGAAACCGGAGGAACAGGGUCCGCGCUCCAGAUUUGGUCGAAGCACCGAAGACUUGACAAAUGCUUCAAAACAGGACAUGAUCGUAGUUCCUCACAGUCAGGCACCACAGAAACCAGUCCGCAGGAAAUACCACCCAGAGAGCCAGAACCUGGAGACCGUCCCUCCACCUGCCAUGCCGUUCCCGACCCCCACCAAACCUGCUCAAAAGCUGCUGUCCAAACAGAAGAGGGAGAUCCAGAUGGCGAUCCGCAAAAACAAGGAAACCAACGCAGUGUUGACGCGCCUCAACAGCGAGCUGCAACAGCAACUCAAGGUGGUUCACCAGGAGAGGGUCACCUUGGAGUCCCAGCUGGAGCUCCUGCGGCCCCUGGCCUCCACGUGACUGAGCCUGAAGUCUGGUUAGAGUCACUUUACAUUAAUGUCUCUAUAAAACAUGAAUAUUUGAGCCAAGAUACAGAAUGUCUUUUGUCAUGGAUGCAAAAUAAACGUAAAAAGGUUGACGACAGGGGCAAACAGGUAUGUCGCUCUUUUUUCGUUGUUGAACAACUCCAGUCCCACAUCAAAAUGUCACUGUGUUACUUUUUAAUAAUGUUCUGCAGGAUUCAACCAUGCUUUUUUAAAAAUAAUUGUAUGACAUGCACAUGUAAAAUACUCUUAUUCACUGUGACAUUCUAACUUAUUUUUCUCUUAUUAUUUACUGUCUCUCUCACCCAGGAGUCUUACUUUGCUUACAGUGCGUCUGACAUAUUUUUGUGCACACAUUGCCAUGACUCAGAUACAUGUUUCCUGUAUGUUACAUGUUCUGUGUUAAUGAUGGGAGCUAAAAUACUCCCAGUUUUUCUCAGUCUAUGUAAACAGUGCAUUUAAUGUGUAUCCAUGUGUGGUCUAAAGCAAGUAAUGGUGCUACAGAUUAGUUAAUGAGUCCGAUUACUUUUUGCACUUAAAGUUUAGGGAGAAAAGGUUGUACUUAAGGUUUGAAAAAGCUGCAUUAGAUAUGAGCUGGAUUUUGUUUAGCUACAGAUUCCUGCACACGAGAUUUGACUGUUGUCACACUGUAGCACUGGCACACGAGGCCGUCGGGACACUGAAGAAUGUUGACACUGGAUUUGUUUAAAAUAUGGGCAUUUUACUUGAAAUUUUGCUCCAUCUUUAUUGUAAGCACUGUCUGACUUGAUUUUUUUUUUAAACCUGUUUAUGUUUAUUAUCAUAUGAAUCUCUCUCUGUUAUCUCUGCACUGCAAGUUUAUUUAAAAAAAAUAAAAAUCAGGGCCGUUAAAUAGUCCAGAAAAGAAAAAAAGCACAAUAUCCCUCUAAUGUUUUGCGAGAUAGAUUUCAAAACAUCUAACAUCAGAUGUGGUUUUGAUUUUAUCUAUGCAAAGAUGUGGUGCUGCUUAAGCUUGCUUUAGACCAUUUAUCAUCAGGAACAAUCAGGAUGUGUGGAGGAAAAAAUGAAGUGGUUAAAAUACACGAUGGCAUGCUUGAUUCUGCACGUUUGCUAAAAUGAUGUGAGCAUUGGACUGUAAACUCACCUUAAAUCAUGCACAACUACUGAGCUCUGGGCUGAAGACAAUAAUCAAACUAAUCAAUAAAGUUGUCUAUUUUUA